AUGUCUCUUCGUGUGCUCCGGGCGUCCGCGCGCGCCACUGUGGCCCAUUCCACCAAGCGCACGACUGCGAAUGUUUCCUCGCGUGCCUUCGCAGACGUGGCCAAGGAGGACGCAGCUGCGGCAAAAGCCAUUGCGGACGAAGAGGCUCUCAUGACGAAGCUGCGCGACCAGCAGAUCGCCGACGCCGAGCGCACCAUUCUGCCGUUCCACGCGUCAGAAGAAUGCGUCCCAGACAUUGAAAAGGCGCCCAUGCCGUACCCAGAAGAGGCUGCGAUCGUGUCGGGUACGGACAAGUGGUCGGUGGGACGCAAGGCCAAGCUUUUCAAGCCGGCACGAAACCAGAUGCAAAGCGGCACUCACCAGACCAAACACUGGGAGAUCCGCUUCGAGUCCCCGCGUACGUGGGAGAACCCCCUCAUGGGCUGGACAAGCACGGCCGACCCGUACGUGGGUCUCGUCACCAAGUUCGAUACCAAGGAGGAGGCUGAGCGCUUUGCAAAGAAACAGGGAUGGAAACUGGAGAUCGUUGAGCCUGCGCCAGUCGGUGACUUCCAGGGCAAGAUCUCGUACUCGUACAACUUUUUGCCCGAGCACGUGGAGACGCUCAUCAAGCAGAAGGGCAAGAAGUCGGCCGUGCAGUUCAAGCACCCAACCGGUCGUCGCAGUAACUGGGUGAAGACGCUGAAGUACCACGGCGACGGUGUCGUGGCGCAGCACGGAGGCGAGGCUCAGGAGUAA